AUGAAUCCCUGUACUAGCGGUUCCUUUUUCGCCGAGCCUCCCAUCCGCAUCCGAGUUGGCAGCGACAAAAAGACCUACUAUGCUCAUCGGCAGGCCUUGUCGGCAAAUGCCUCAUCGGCUUUGCAUGCCAGAGUCACCGGGCCCUGGCGGGAAUGUGGAGAAGAGGAAAUCGACUGGACUGACUUUGACGAGCAGACGAUCAGUUGCGUCCUACAAUUCCUAUAUACCCAAGAGUACAAUGUCAGAAAACCUGUCCAGCUUGCAGAGAAAAGCUCCCAAAGCGAUGCUGGGAAGGGACAGGGACAACAUCCUGGGAGUCGAGCAGAUGAAGGAGGAUCAUCAGGUAUCCUUGCCACAGUGCCAGCAGAGCAUACUGUUGCAAGGCCUGAAGCAUAUGAGCAGCAAGCACCUGAAGCCGACGAGCCUGAAGACGACGAGCCUGAAGACGACGAGCCUGAAGACGACGAGCCUGAAGACGACGAGCCUGAAGACCCGAUUGAUCGUCCCCUAACCCCGCUGAGCCACUACUUUGCAACAUCCAUACCAGUCAAGCACGACCCUCCAACAGGUGGGGAUUCCUCUCAAACGACGUAUGAGGGCGAACCAAACGAGGUCUUGGUUCAUGCGAAAGUCUAUACAUUCGCCCAUCGGUAUCUCGUGGAUAACUUAGUACAGUAUGUUUUGCAACGGCUGAAGAGGAUUCUUAUUGCUAUUCAAACGAAGCAGCUGGGAUUUUGUCCGCAGCUUGCGGAAUCCAUUUCCCUCAUCUACGGCGCGACAUCUGCCUAUGGUGCUCAAGGAGACCCUGCGAGAAACAUACUCUCCCAGUUCGUUGCGCUGAACUAUACCGCUAUGUACGGGAGCGGCCUUGAAAAACUUUUGGCUGAAGAAGGGCAAUUUACAAUUGACUUGUCCCGGAAGCUUGCGAGAAGACUUAUGAAUAAUCCACUAGAGGAAAAGCUAAACGAACUUUCGACUGCACAUGAGUCUCUGUCUGCAGAUAAGGAAAGGGAGAUAAAGCGUCUCACACGGGAACUGAAAGAAUGGGACGACUGGAACGCAAGCCGUCCUCUGAACAAACGAAGAUCGAUGCCAUCGCGGGAUACCGGUUUUUUCGGCUGA